AUGUCUUGGAAUUUGAGAUUGCGAAAAGUCCUGUCGAAAGUAGCGUCAGGCCGCGAUAUCCGACGAGAGCUAGAAGGAUGUGUUACAGUUACAUACGUCAAGAACUCGAGGCUUUUCAUCAUGAAAGUUCCGUUUUCUAAUUCUACUACAAUUUACGACCUCAAAGAAAUGAUAGCAGCCCACAUGGCUUUGGAUAGUACUGAAGACCUGGGAGUAAUAAUUUUGCCAUAUGGUUGCAAACAGAAUGACCCAAGAUUGAAGGACCUAGCAAAAUGCGAGUGGGAGAAGGCCAAGGAGCUCAUCUUGAACAUUCAACCAAAAUCUACAAUCCGAAGAGACUCACGAAUUGGUUAUCCAAGGGCUGCGUGUCUUUUCGGGUCUAAUUUCACCCUCCGUCAGUUGCUAUACCCAUGGGAUCCUAUGGAUGUUGAGUUCUUUGUGGGUGCUGAGAACUCUCCCCUGGCUGUUCCCAACGAAAGAUCAAACCUGAUGACUAUGUACCAUCAGCUGGAGAGGCUAUCGAGCGCAUCCGUCAUCCGGGGGAGGGGUGGCGGCAGAGAUUCUGAUGAGCAAAAAGCAUUCCGAGCAGCAAUAAUUUCCCACUACGGCCUUGACCACCCUAACAAUCCCAAUGUUCCAGACGCGGAUAAAAGAUAUCGAUACCAAUUAACAGGAAUUUAUUUUCCUUCCAAAAGGCUGAAAGCCUCACACAUCUGUCCAGCUUCCGAAAAUGGGAUAGCUAGUUUGAUUGGCCUCCGUAGCCCAAUGGAUGUGGGCAACGGCCUACUAUUGCAUGCUAGCGUUGAAAAACUAUUUGAUGCCUUCCGCAUCACUAUCACACCGAGCAAAAACGACAUCGGGAAAGAAAUAUUUAUUUUGAGAGUCUUCAGCUCAAGGCUCCUGAACGCCAGAAUUUACCCGGCGCAGCAGAGUGCCCGGGGAUGCGAAGGUGAAGAGGUACCGCCUCCAAUCAGAUGGAGGGACCUCGACCGACGUCAAGUCAAGUUUUCGACCCAAAGCGACAUCACCCCGCUCAAAAGAGCUUUGCAUUGGCAUGGCCAGAAUGCGCGGUACCAUCUUAACCGUUCCAAGUAUGGUCAAGAAAUCGAUCUGUCCUUUUCGACUUUUGCGUCGGAUGAGGCGAGAGAAUUCGCCCAUUUAAUAUCUUCUGGCCUGUCAUCUUUCGGUUCACCAUCACAGAUCAAAAUCCGGCGGUCAUGGGUCAGCACUGAGAUAUCGAUCAAGUCAGAAACCCCGCUUCCUCCAGCACUCUACGUUUCACCCCCGCUAGGCUCGAACGAAGCAACCGAAAGCGAAAGAGCAGACGAAAACGCGGUUUGCCCCGCCUCCCAUGUAGAUUGA